GGCUUAAAGUCAUAUACAGAAAAUUUGUCUACGCUACUCGCUCCAAUUCGUCGUAUUCCCAUGGACGUCCUCCUUCAUAUUUUUGUGCUUGGUUGCACUCAGGAUGAUGUGAAUGCGAAAAACCCUACUGCACUUACCAUCAGCGCCGUUUGCACUUGCUGGCGACAGCUCACCAAAUCUCAGUCUACCAUUUGGGCCAACUUUCAGAUACGGCUGGAAGAAUACGAAGAGCAGAGUGCGCCAGAAGUAGCUCAGCUAGUACUCCGAGUCAAUCUAUAUUUGGCACGAUCGAGAAGCUAUCCGCUUACUCUGAGAAUU